AUGAGUUCGGCAUCUGCAGAUACGAGACCGCUGGCGUCGAGGAUAGCGUCGCUUGUUCAUGCGCAUUUCGACCGCUUGCCGGCUCGCAGCAAACCGAAGAUUUUUGCAGAUGGCUCUAGGGAAUGGAUACCGAUGACCGGAAUAGUUGCUGUUAAGGGACAGGGUUCACCAUGCGAGACAUUACAUUGCAUAGCAGUCACGUAUGUCUAUUUCUUGAUUUUCCGUACUCAAAUGGACGAAUAUUGCAGUAGACUUUGCUCGAUGGACCGCAGAGAUUUCAUACUGACGUCCGCUUAUAGAACAGGGGCAAAAUGCUUGCCAGCUUCUCAGAUUCCUCAAUGCAAAGGUCUCGUUCUCCACGACUGCCAUGCUGAGAUCUUGGCCAUUCGUGCUUUAAAUUACUGGCUUCUGCAGGAAUGCCACGCUUUGUUGGUCGAAGGUGGCAAAUCUCCCACUGCUGCUACCGACAACCUGAGAUCCUCUUUUAUUCAACGGAGAGCUUACGUCGGCACGGCAAACUCGAGUAUUUCUCUCCCAGAGUCCAGCCUCAAAGGGCCACUCUUUGAGAUCCAACCGGACGUCAAGUUCUACAUGUACUGUACAUGUGCCCCAUGCGGCGACGCAAGUAUGGAACUCUGCAUGGCUGCCCAAGAAGAUGCAACACCGUGGGACGUGUGCCAUCAAACAAACUCAGAUGACCAAGACUCGACCUCCGAGACCAUGCUCGACGGUCGAGCUCAUUUCUCUCGUCUCGGCAUCGUGCGUCGAAAACCAGCACGCAUGGACGCCGAGCCUACCAAAAGCAAGUCUUGCUCAGAUAAGCUUGCUUUGCGGCAGGUAACAUCCUUGUUCUCAAUUGAGACAAGUUAUCUCGUGGCUCCUACGGAGAGCGCAUACCUCGCUGGCUUGGUACUUCCCGAGGAGGAGAUUUCUCAAACUGCGUGCACCAGGUCUUUUGGGGAACAGGGGCGUAUGGGAUCACUGAUUGGGCGCUCGUGGCCUCUAGAGAAAGUGGAAGGCCAGUACUUGUCGCGAAUAGGGUACCGAUUCCGACCUUUCCAAGUCCUUUCGGUAUCCAACGAUGAAAUUCAGGCGCUGUGGCCGUUUGCAAAGCCCAAGAUAUCACAGACAAAAGAGGGCCAAAGUGGACGAAGUGUGCAGCCAGAGACUAUCCCACCGCCGCCCAAAGUCAAACCAGGCAAUGUGAGCUCCAUCUGGACUGCGGCACCCUCAAUAUCACACUCAUGUGUCCUGGCGACAGACACGGGGAGCAAGACAUUGCCUGUUCUGAGUCAUUCGAAGACAGGGCUAUACGAGACGGUCAUCAAUGGAGUGAAGCAGGGCAAUCGGCAGAGUGAUCCCACGGCGAGGGGGGCCUCCUCCCUCUCGCGUGCAAAACUGUGGGGUCUCCUCCAAAACAUUCUCCAGUCGACUGAUUGUCUUGUAAAGGGUGCAGAGGAAAGUCACAAAGCUCAUUCUGAGCAGAAGCCGGAGGCAUCACCGAUGGUUCAGUACUCGGGUUCCUAUGAGGAAUUUAAAUGUGCCGGAUACGACCCGUCGUCACCGCUUGGGAUCCGUCAGUCUGCGAUACAGGAUGCCAGAAGGACACUCGGGGGAUGGGUGCCGAAUCGCGGAGACGAGACCUGGACUCUGGAAGUACUGGUGGACUCGAAGAGACGAAAAGAAAGGUGA